CUCACCACCUCCAAAAGCAACAACGACGUCAAGUGCUCGGCCUGCGAGGGCCUGGCCCUGACGCCCGACGCCAAGUACAUGAAGCGCAGCUCGUGGUCCACGCUGACCGUGAGCCAGGCCCAGGAGGCCUGUCGCAAGAGCUCGCUGAACCUGGACAAGCCCCUGAUGCCCCCGGAGACCAAGCCGUCCCUGCGGCCCUGCCGCUACCUCCAGGUGCCUCAGGACGAGUGGGCCGGGUACCCGCCCGGGGGCAAGGACGAGGAGAUCCCCUGCCGGAGGAUGCGGAGCGGCAGCUACAUCAAGGCCAUGGGCGACGAGGACAGCGGGGAGUCCGACUCCAGCCCCAAAACGUCGCCCACCGUGGCCAUGCGGCCGGAGCCCUUGCUCAAGUCCCUGGGACCGAGGCCGCUGGGAGGGCUGCAAACCCAGAGCUACCUGCAAGCCGCCAGCGACGGGCCCGCCGGCCACGGCCUGGACACCUCUGCCAACUACAACUCCCCGAAGUUUCGCUCCAGGAACCAGAGCUACAUGAGGGCGGUCAGCAUGCUGAGCCAGGCCAGCUGUGUGAGCCAGAUGAGCGAGGCGGAGGUCAACGGGCAGUUCGAGUCGGUGUGCGAGUCCGUCUUCGGCGAGGUGGAGUCGCAGGCCAUGGACGCCCUGGACCUGCCCGGCUGCUUCCGGACGCGCAGCCACAGCUACCUGCGUGCCAUCCAAGCCGGCUACUCCCAGGACGACGAAUGUCUCCCCGCGCUGACGCCCUCCCAUGUCACCUCCACCAUCCGGUCCACGGCAGCCGCCGUCUCCUACGCCAACUACAAGAAGACGCCGCCGCCCGUGCCCCCCCGGACCACCUCCAGGCCCCUCAUCUCGGUGACGGCCCAGAGCAGCACCGAGUCCACGCAGGACGCCUACCAGGAGGGCCGCGCCCAGAGGGGCUCCCCGCCUGGGGCGCGGGGAGACAAGGCACUGGUGUCCAAGGCCGAGGAGUUCCUCCGGGGCCGGCUCACCUCCAUCGGCAUCCAGGUGGAGACCGCCACGGACUCGGACACGGAGAGCCGCGGCCUGCGCGAGUACCACUCGGUCGGCGUGCAGGUGGAGGACGAGAAGAGUGUGUCCGCUGUGGGGGGCUGCACCGUGGGGAAAGCCGAGAGCCAGCGUGGCCUCCGUGUCAUGAUCUCCCGCGUGACCUUCCUCGUGGCUCCGUCCCUGCGGACGAGCUGGCCUCCCCAGCCCGGCUCUGACGACCAGCCCGUCGCCCAAGGAGAACGGGCGCCCUGGGCACCGCGCGCCCUGUGCCCUCUGUGUCCUCUGUGUCCUCUGUGUCCCGGUCGCGGCUCUCAGCGCGGUCUGUGUUUGUGCCCCGCAGUCCUCGGCAAGAUCCGGAGUGCCGUCGGCAGCGCCCAGCUCCUCAUGUCCCAGAAGUUCCAGCAGUUUUACUGGCUCUGCCAGCAGAACCUGGUGAGUAGACGCGGCUGCCCUCCGGGUACGGACUGCGUGCUCCUCCUUCCCACGCUCCCCGGGUCUGGCUUGUUAAAGACGCCGUCACUGCGCAGGCUGAGUGCAGAGAGGGCACGGCCCGGCUUUGGAGGGUUCCCAUGGGCACCCUAGGCCCAAAGGCUGGGAGACUGGGCGGGGGGACGGGGGCGGGGCCUGCGGGAGACAGGUGCGCCUGGUGCGGUGUGAGGUGGGGCCUUUGCCCCUGGCUGUCCCCCGGGCCCUGGGGAA